AGAACCGCCGGAUGUGAAUUUCAAUCUGAAGAAAAACGAUAGCUUUCCCUGAGCUUGGGACAACCUUUUCCUUGCUGCACUUCACAAGCGUCAUGCGGUUCCACCACACCAUUUUCUUCGUUUCACUCCUCUCUAUAUGGUCUUUGACAUUUGCUGCUGACCUUCAACAAGCUUUCAUCGACGAUGAAGAGGGAGACUCUUUGACACGGACGAAACCGACCUACAUAGGUGGUUGGGGGGGUGUCAUAUGUUCGACAUGUCUCUUGAAGCCUGACACGACAAAGGCGUACAAGGGUACCUGGCAUGAUACCACCCACUUUGCGAGUAGCAAUAGCUCCAGCGGAAUUAAUUUCGAAUUCACCGGUGUAUCUCUCGAGGUGUUCUGUAUCCUCCCACCGAAUAAUGUGGAAGCAACCAUCAACUAUAGUCUGUCUUUCAAUUUGGACGGAAAGGAAGUUGGCAUGCCUUUCGUUAGAACCCCGGAGAACUUGACGACAGAGUAUCAGUACAAUGUGUCUGUGGUCAACCUAGAGAACUUGACGAAUACGGAGCACAACUUUACACUGGCGUUGGACAACACGGUGGAUUCUGUCGCCCUCUUCGAUUAUGCGGUUUAUCAGUUCGAGAGUUCCGCAACCGGAACCGCUGGGGGCCAACCCACGUCGGUGACACAGCCAGCACAAACGGGUAGCAAUGGGGCAAUGACGGAUUUCCGAUUCGGGUUCGGCGAAAAGCUGCUUGGAACGGCGUUAACGAUGAUUAUAUUGAGCUGGUGAGCGUUUUAGGGAACAUCGGGAGCCCACGCGGGAUUCUACAAUAAAUAAUCUGUGGGAUUUGCCUGCGUCGUGGAAUGAUGGAAGGCUAUGUACUGUGGUGACACAAACGAAUAUAUUGAGCUUUAUUUGUCACGCU